GUUUUUGUUUCUGGUUUUUUUUUUCUUUUUCUUCUUCCUCCUUUCUUUCUCUUCAUUCCAAUGUUUACGGUUUCUACUUGGCGCCUAACACCAACAACCGCACCCGCAUGGCCACCAACAAACACCGAGUUACUACGCCAUUAACUGGUAAUACAGUAGAAUCCAUUAUGGUUGGAACUAUUCGUGUACCGCUUAACCUCAAGAAUUUUUCACUUCCUUUUUCAACUAAACGCAAUUCAGAUACUGCAAAACCAAAACCUGUUUCCAGCUUCCGUGUUAAUCAAUUUGAUAUCUGCUUCAAUGGAAAACGAUAUGCCCCGCAAGAAAAGAACAAGGAAAUCUGCAUUGAAGGGGAAAAAGAGAGGAUCAUACUGCGGCCUGGCAUGGUUCUAUUGAAGAAGUUCUUAACACAUGAUGAACAGGUGAAAAUAGUGAAAAUCUGCCGUGAGCUUGGUCUUGGUCCUGGAGGAUUCUAUCGGCCGAGUUAUGCAAAUGGAGCGAAACUUCGAUUGCAUAUGAUGUGCCUUGGUCUAGACUGGGAUCCUCAAACCGGAAAGUAUGGAAAUAAGAGGCUAGUUGAUGGUAGUAAUCCACCCAGUAUUCCUGAGAGAUUCAGAAAGUUGGUCGUAGAAGCAAUACAAGAAGCACAAUAUCUAAUAAGAAAGGAAUGCAGAGUAAGCUAUGCUGAGAGGAUACUCCCUUCAAUGUCUCCUGAUAUAUGCAUUGUCAAUUUUUAUAAUAACUAUGGAAGGCUUGGUCUUCAUAAGGAUCACGACGAAACGCCAGAGAGUAUCCAAAAGGGGUUGCCUGUUGUGUCCUUCUCCAUUGGCGAUUCGGCGGAAUUUAUUUAUGGUGAUCACAGGGAUGUGGAUAAGGUGGAGAAGGCAGUUCUAGAUUCAGGAGAUGUGGUGAUAUUUGGUGGUGUAUCUAGGCGUAUUUUCCAUGGAGUUUCAUCAAUCAUACCAAACUCAGCACCAAAGAAAUUGCUUCAAGAUACUAUGCUCUCUCCAGGGCGCCUCAAUCUUACAUUCAGACAGUAUUAACACCUUCAUGUUUGUUUAUAUAACUGUAUGUAACUUGUUCCUAAUCUCAACCUUAAAUGAAAUAUAUCUGGUUU